UUCAGCUACAAUGGUCACAAACUUCAAAAUAUACUGAUGCUGUGUCUGUCUUACACAUUUAUCAGUCAGGAUAAAUAUCAUGUUUGCAUUUAAGGCUUUAUAUUUCGGAAUAUUUGUUUCCCUGCACUAUGGCGUGAACGUAGUGCUUUCAACCGGACCCUUGUCACAGUUUCGGGUAAUACGGAUCACUCCUUCAGACAGCAGUGACGUCGAGACUCUACUGGCUCUCACCAAGAAUGCGAACUUUGAUGUCUGGAAAUGGCCGUCAGCCGGAAGUCCGAACAUGGACGUUAUGUUGUCCAGAGAAGAGCGGCGGACGUUCCUUCCGGUCCUUCAGACGAAUGGCUUGCAGUUCCACGUGAUGAUCAAGGACGUACAGAGGCUAAUUGACGUUCAGAGAAGCAGUGCUCUGAAGUCCAGAUCAAGGGGUGUCGGAGAGUUUGAAUAUUUCAAGUAUCACACACUUGAUGAGAUAUUCGCGUGGAUGGAAAACAUCACCAGCGUGUACAAAGACAGAGCUUCCCUUUUCAACGUCACGACUUCAUACGAAGGCAGGCCACUAAUGGGACUAAAGAUCAGCAACCCCUCAGUUGGCCCCGCAGACCGGCCGGCGUUCUGGAUCGAAGGCGGCAUCCAUGCCCGUGAAUGGAUCUCUCCCGCAACAGUCGUCUUCAUGGCCGGUCAGAUGUUGGACCUGUAUAAGCUGGACCCGGAGCUGACGGCAGCUGUUGACAAGUUCGACUGGUACAUACUUCCGGUCACCAACCCAGACGGCUACUCGUUCACUUGGAAGGACGAUAAGAGUCGUUUAUGGAGAAAGACCCGUUCUCCCCAGGGUAAAUGUAUUGGCGUGGACCCGAACCGUAACUGGGACCUGGAGUGGUGCAAGAGCGGAGCCAGCAAGGACCCAUGUUCGGAUACCUACUGCGGCCCGGAGGCUUUCUCGGAACCGGAAGUGAAAGGCGUGUCUGACUUCCUGCAGGGGCUGCCGAACCUCAAGGCGUUCAUUGACGUUCACAGCUACUCACAGCUGUGGAUGUCUCCCUGGGGAUAUACAAAGAAACUUCCAGAAAAUUAUAAACUGCAGGACGGAGGUUCCGCUGUAGCAACUGAUGCCUUGGAGAAAAUGUACGGGACGAAGUACGAACACGGAUCCAUAGCCGGCAUCCUCUACGAGGCUAGUGGCUCAAGCGCUGACUGGGUGUACGGGAAACUAAAAGUACCGUUUUCAUACGCGGUUGAACUACGUGAUACGGGGAAAUACGGUUUUUUGCUGCCGGAGGACCAAAUUUUACCAACUGGACAUGAAACAUUGGAGGCAGUUAGAGCAUUGGUCAUGUACAUUUAUGAGAACAUCCAAUAUUAUAAUGAUUUAUAAACAAUGUUUUAACCAAAGGCUCUAGUUUUGUUCCAUUCAAAUAUGAGUAAAUCAUGUUUGUUUGAUAUAUUUAAUACUUUAAAUAAAGACGUUUUAAAGCUUG